GGGGCGGCUGCCAACAUCGCCGUGGAGGCUGGGCAGGAUGGCAUCUCUGUGAAGGCACUUUCUGAGCAGGGAGGCAGGAUCAGCAAUAAGAAGCCACGCAAGGCUGGCAGCAGUGGGAGCCUGCUGUACGGCCGCUUUGUGAAGUCAGCCACGCUCACAGCCUGUGGGGAGGAGUCCGUAACACUGCCCAGCAGCGCUGAGAGCAGUGAGGAGGAGGAGAAGCUGGACCUCUCUUCGGUCAGGAGGCUGACAGACGAGGAGCUGGUGCAGGCGUGCGGGGGCCGCACAGCACACAAGGGUGCCCGGCACGGCCUGACCAUGAGUGCCAAGCUGGCACGCCUGGAGGAGCAGGAACGAGCCUUCCUGGCCACUUAUCGGCAGCAGGAGCCCCCAGAGAGCAGCCAGGGCAAAAAGAAGAAAAGGAAACAGUCCAGGGAUGGAGCCAACCCCGAGGUGCCACAGAGCCAGGAGCCAAGCAGAGAACAGGAGGAGGUGUUGGAAGAAGAAAAGGUGGUGAAGAGGAAGAAAAAGAACCGGGGACCAAGCAUAGAAGAGGAGCUCACAGGAGAGGAAGAGGGCAUGAGGAAGAAGAAGAAGAAGAAGAAGAAGAAGGUGGUCACAGAACCAUGUGGAGAAGAGGUAUCAGGAGAGGAGGGGAAGGUCAUGAAGAGGAAGAAGCCAGAGCUAAGCACAGAUGAGGAGGUGGUAGAAGAGGAGAGGAAGGCUGCAAAGAGGAGAAAGAAGAAAAAGAAGAAGCAGCAGGAAGAGGAGGACAAAGAAGAGCCAGCUGAAACAGAAAUACCUCUACAAGACACAGAUGAGCCAAACUUGGGACACAGCCCUACAAAGAGGAAGAAGAAGAAGAAGAAGAAAAAGAGGGAGCCAGAGUGAGCAAGUGACAUGACUGCCGUGCAUGUCACAGCUGCCAGCCCCACCUGGCUGUCAGGUCCUCAUCCUGGUGCUGGUGGGUGCCAUGGGGUGCUCUGAGCUCAUUCCAGAUGGACUCCAGCACUGUGGCCCAGCUGCCUGGGGAUGCUGGGCUAGGACAAGUUGGUCUG